GAUUUUUGCUUAUUCAACAACUUUCGCUUUCACUCGGCAAGGACCUGUUGAAGAUCUUUCCCAACAUCAAAUGUUUCAGUCUCUCUACAAGAGAGAACAAGCAAGGUGUCCUACCUAUCGCUUUUCCCAAGCUGAGCGAACGAAACGCGUGCGAUCUCUGAAACUCAGUCAAAAUGGCGAGAUUGAAUUGGUCCACAAAACGGGGAUCAAAUGUAUUGAUAUCGAUACAGGCGAGGGAAAAUACUUGUUAUCCUCGAGUUCAAAUGGCGGGAUCGCUAUUCAUGAUAUAGAGGAUUGUUUCUACUCAAACGUUUUUAAAUGCCAGACGGUCGCCAAAGUGGACGGAACACUGAAAGACAGCCACAAACUCAGCGUGGAAACUGUACAGUGGUACCCGAAUGACACAGGAAUGUUUAUAUCAAGUUCAGUCGAUACGACGCUUCGAGUUUGGGACACAAAUGCUCUCGAAGUUGUCGAAAAUUUUCAACUUGAAGGCAUUGUGUACCAACACCAAAUGCCAAAGAAUGCUAGAAGACAUUGUUUAGUUGCAACAGCGUGUGAGGACUCUAGAGUUUAUCUUUGUGAUUUGAAAUCUGGUUCUGCAAUGCAUAUCCUAAAGGGGCAUUCAGAGGCAGUUGUUUCUCUAGCGUGGUCACCAAGAAAUGAGUAUCUUUUAGCUACGGGUAGCUGUGACAACAAGGUGCUCUUGUGGGAUGUGCGCAAAGCUGUUGGAAGUAUACUCUCACUGGAUCAGCACAAUGGCAAAGCUGGUUCCAGAUCUUCAACAAUAAACACAGCUCAUAAUGGCAAUGUAAAUGCCAUUUCUUUUUCACCAGAUGGAUUAUACUUAUUGACUUUUGGAACAGAUGAUCGGUUAAGGUUGUGGGAUACAUUCACAGGAAAGAACACACUGGUUAACUUUGGUCGCGUUCACAAUCCCAGUCGGAAAUCUGUAAAGCUUUGUCUAUCCAGUGGGACUUCCAACGAAGUGGCAUUUGUUCCUUCAGGGAGCAAAAUAGAAGUGUAUCAACUUGUUACAGGAAAACAUGUUGCCACUUUCAGUGGUCAUUAUAACAAUGUUAACUGUUGUGCAUUUCAUCCACAUUUUCAAACUCUGUUUAGUGGAGCAAAUGACACAAAUGUGUUGGUUUGGCUUCCUGAGAUGAACCGUAGUAUUAAGGAUGAAAACAGGAAGGUGACAGAAGCUGGUAUCUGUGAUACAAAACAACUUGACAAUCCUUAUCAGGAUUCUUGGAGUAGUGACGAGGAGACAACAUGAUAAGCUUACAAAAAAGUGCUAACAGCCAUGUAGUGGUGAAUUUGAAAUAAAAUAGAGCUAGGUUAAAUUAGUUUAGAGUAGAUCAAAUACCAUAAAUAUUUUGUAGUAACUGAGAUAGAACAAGCACCCUGAUUGGUCAAAAACCUAUGGUUUGUUGCACCAUUUAACCCACAGAAAAUUGAAACAUACAGUUUUCUGUUUUAAGUUUUUUUUUAAAACAAUAGACUGCAGCAGUGUAAUAAUCCACUUGGGUUUUUGGGAGAACACUUAUAAAUCACUAGGUGGAGACAAGUGAUUUACAAUCUUUUCUUGAUAGAAACUGACAGAAAGUGUGGUCUAUUGUUUGAAAGAUUUACAGUGAUUUACCAUGAAACUUAAUAACCUAUGAACACCAGGAAUAUUUAUGGAGUGUUCUUGUGUUUCUGGGAAAAGGUAAUGUGCAAACUGUAGCAGUAUUUAUUUCAUGAUUUUGUUGUUUUCCCAGUUACUCAUAGAGAUUAUUUCAUAGAAAGUGCACAGGAACGAUUUUUAUUCUAGAGUUGCAAUGCAUCAAAAAAACCAUUGAGUGGGCACAGCAAAUGAGUGAGUUUUUUUGAUGCAUGGCAAUGAGUUCAAGCACAUGCCAUGGUAUGAUGUUUUUAUAUGUAUUUCAUUCAAACUGAGAUUUUUUUCUUACUGACUGACACAUUUCAAAGAUUAGAAGCCAAAUCAUCUUGCAAGUAAUUGUAAGUACUGGUAUUCUUUAGAAGUCAC